AUGGAGGACAAACGGUACGGGAAGCGGGUUUCGUUGUCGUUUGCAGGUGUUCCAGGAGAUAGAGCGGUGUCAACAAUAUGUGAUAGUUUUCAAAAGUUUUGUCAGAUUGUUGUAAUCAACAGGAUGAAAAGGUUGAAAAGAAGGAUUAGUGCAGCAUUCAGGAACGGUGAUGUGCCCCCAGCUCCGCCAAUUCGGUCUUUUUCUAGGAAUUGGAGCCUUUCUGAUUCGAUGAGUGAACUGGCUGAACGUCUUGCCGCUGAAGGUGUGAUUAUUGAGGAAUGUGAUCCUCAGGUUGGUAUGGAGCAAAAGCGUGGUUAUAGAAUGGGGAAUGGUUUGUAUCUUGCUCGAUCCCAUGACAAUUAUGAUCGAGAAAUUAGUGGCAUGUUUGGUCGGUCGUAUAUUCCCCAUCAGCGGCAUUCAUAUUAUAUUGCUAACGGUAAUGCAUGGUUUAUUAUGUCAGCAACAGUUCGAGAUUUUCGCACUAUUCGUGAUAAUGCGGAUUCACCACAUUCUUUACGUGCUUCGACCCCUAAGACAUUUUCCUCUUGGAUUCAGUUAUUUCUGUCCAAACGACGUAAUGUUUUCUCCAGUCAUUCAUUAAUGCGGCCAUCUGUUUCAUUAUCUGUUGUUGACGAAACCCGUGUUCUUGGUUCAGAUGGCGAAAGUUUGGAUGUCUCUCCUUGUACGAGCGAUCAAUGUGGGAGCACUAGCGACAGAUAUGUGGUUAAUGUUAAGAUGCGUCCAAAACCGACUAGGAAAUGGAGUGAGCAAGAUAUACAAAAGCGUCUUUCUUUACCGGCGGAUCUUAGGCUGCCUCUCAGUGUCGUCGAAAAAUUAAAUAGAACACCAACUCUUGACCAACCUAUGACGAGAAAGAAUCGGCGUGCAUCAUUGGUGAAACUUUCAAUUUACUUUUUGCUUGCAGUAUUUCAUUUCCGUAACAGUGAGAUUGGUUUUGGGAAGUUAGAAACAUAUGAAAAAUUGGAAAAGUUAGGCGAGGGUACAUAUGCAACUGUUUAUAAAGGUCGUUCAAGGUUGACAGAAAAAUUUGUGGCUUUGAAGGAAAUUAGACUUGAGUUAGAAGAGGGUGCACCUUGUACUGCUAUAAGGGAGGUUUCUCUUCUACGAGAUUUGCGGCACGCAAACAUUGUUACACUUCACGACAUUAUUCACACGGAACGAUUACUGACGCUUGUUUUUGAAUAUGUCGAUCGCGAUUUGAAACAGUACCUAGAUGAUUGUCAUGAAAAUGUUUCCAUGCACAACGUUCGUCUUUUCACCGUGCAGCUCCUUAGAGGUCUGGCUUAUUGUCAUCGUAGACGUAUACUUCAUCGAGACUUAAAGCCGCAAAACUUGUUGAUAAAUGAUAUUGGGGAGCUAAAACUAGCAGAUUUUGGUUUAGCUCGGGCGAAAUCGGUGCCGACAAAAACGUAUUCAAAUGAGGUCGUGACAUUGUGGUACCGUCCUCCCGAUGUUCUUCUUGGGUCGACAGAUUACUCAACUCAUAUUGAUAUGUGGGGUGUAGGAUGCAUUCUUUUCGAAAUGAUUUCUGGGCGAGCUUUGUUUCCUGGAUCAUCUGUUGAGGAGCAAUUAUCAUUGAUAUUUCGGUUACUUGGAACACCUACGUCGAGGACACAUCCUACCCUUUGUAGCUUCCCCGCCUUUCGGCCUUAUAGAUUUCCUCGUGAUUAUCCUACUUACCUUCCAAGCAUUUGUCCAAGAAUUGAUCAAACUGCUUUAGAUUUGCUUUUGCGCCUUUUGCAGUACGAAGGUAGAUCUCGAAUUACGGCAGCUGCUGCUUUGGAGCAUGGUUUUGUCAGAUGCUUACCUCCAGCAAUAUUUGAAUUGGGUGACUGUGAGUCAGUCAUGUCUGUUCCUGGUGUCAAACUAGCUAAAGAAGCUUAUGUAACCAGACCUGCUAGAGGGGUACGCGCACCAAAUCGUCGCCAAAGUCUUCUUUUAUGA